CUGGACUUUAAAUAACGCUUUUUGCAAUGAAAAUAGCGAUCGAAGGAUGUGCUCAUGGUGAGCUGGAAAAGAUAUACGAUCUAAUUGGAUCGAUACAGAAGGAGCAAAACAUUACGGUUGAUCUGUUAAUCUGCUGUGGAGACUUUCAAUCUACGCGCAACCUCCAGGAUCUGCAGUGUAUGGCCGUUCCGCAGAAACAUUUGGAUAUGUGUAGUUUCUACAAGUACUAUAGUGGCGAGAAAAGCGCACCCAUCUUAACGCUCUUCAUCGGAGGUAACCACGAGGCGUCCAACUAUCUGCAAGAACUACCCUACGGUGGAUGGGUAGCACCCAACAUUUACUACCUCGGGUAUGCCGGUGUUGUCGACUGCAACGGAAUACGCAUCGGUGGCAUAUCUGGCAUCUUCAAGGGGCACGACUUUCUGAAAGGUCGUUUUGAGUUCCCACCGUACGAUGAGGGCAGUAAGCGAAGUGUUUAUCAUCAGCGUCAAAUUGAUGUGUUUCGAUUGAGACAACUAACGCCAACAGUCGACGUAAUGCUAUCGCAUGAUUGGCCUCGUGGCGUCACAAGGCACGGCAAUGAAACGCAGCUGUUACGUUUCAAGCCAGCAUUCCGGGAGGACAUUGAAAGCAACAGGCUGGGCAGUGCACCGUGCGAAGAUUUACUGCGGAAGCUUCAACCACCGUACUGGUUUGCGGCCCAUUUGCACUGCAAAUUUGCAGCCCUGGUGUCACAUUCCGAGGGAAAUGUAACAAAAUUUCUAGCCCUGGACAAAUGUCUGCCGAAACGGCGGUUUCUACAGAUUCUGGACAUCCCUACAGCGUGCGAUGACGAGGAAAAGAAAGGGAAGAAAGACAAUGACGUGUCUACACCCGUUCGAUUGAAGUACGAUUUGGAAUGGCUGACGAUAUUGAACCUAACGAAUCAUCUUAUAAGCAUCAGAACUUCCAACGGUUACAUGCCAGGGGAAGGAUCCGAUGAGCGAUUUAAUUUCACCCCAACCGAGGAGGAAAAGGCGAAGGUGAUGGAGCGAUUUAAUAACGAUCUCACAAUUCCGGAUAAUUUUGUCCGUAUAGCCGAAUCUUACCAACCGGAUGAGGGUGCAAUGGAUAUGCGAUCGGUCGAGCAACCGCAAGCAUUUUUGAACCCCCAAACGACGUCCUUUUGCGAUAAGCUAAACAUUGAUGAUCCAUUGCAGCUUGCAAUGUUGAUGACGGGGAAAAAGCUUAACACGUCCACGUACGUUGAUCCACAGCCUGAGACAAAUAAGAAGGAAAAUCAACAAUCGAUGAAUAAUGAAAUGUCGAGACUUUCGAACGCCGAUGAACUAGACGUCGAUGAGAACGAAGAGUCUCACGUUACAGACGAUGAACGGAAAGAUGAAACGGAAGCGGCAAACAUCUCUCCAAUAAUACAGCCAAAACUUUCGCUUUCAUCUGUCCUGCCCCAACCGAAAUGGAGACAGCCGGAUGCACAAGAAUCAGACCUUUCGACAACGUUGAACGAUUCGACACCUAACUGCAGUGUAGCAAGUAAUCCAACGCCGCAGAAAAUGGGCAAUAACAGUACAUCUACCUUGUCGGAAUCGGUUCUCGCCGUUGAUGAUCUUAAUCUGUCUAGCCCUCGGCAGCAAACGGACCUGGCCAACCCGACACCAGUCAAGAAGUUCAAGCGAAGAAACGAAACGAUCUACACAAGAGGUGAUAGUGAUUAA